AUGAAGUUAUUGAAAUUCCACCUUCGAUAUUAUCCUCCGGGAUUGAUAUUGGAAUACUCGCAAAAAGGAACAAUAAAGAAUAAGGAGAUUGAUCUGUUGGAUCUAAAUACCAAUUCAAACAUAAAAGAAGUGGCACAGCAUCUCUGCACCAAAGAGGCGUUAAUCACGGACGAAGUGAAAGACCGAUUGGAGCAAUGUCUCGACACCUUAAAGAAGAGAAUCGAACACGAAGGACCGGCUGGCAAAAGAUUCUACAUCUACAAGACAUUACAGACACAUUUAUUGCCACUAACCAAUGUGGCCUUUGACAAAACUGGGAAAAGAUGUUUGACGGGCAGCUACGACAGAACUUGUAAGAUAUGGGACGUCGAAACCGGUAAGGAGCUAAAGAGCUUCUCCGGACAUCAGAAUGUCGUCUAUUCAGUUGGCUUCAAUUUUCCUGCCUGCGAUCGCGUCCUAACGGGCUCCUUUGAUAAAACUGCAAAAGUCUGGGAUCCUUCUUCGGGUGAAUGUCUGGCGACACUGUGGGGGCACCGAGCCGAAGUCGUGGCUGCUCAGUUCAGUUCCAAGGGAGACUUUGCUGCCACCGGCUCUAUGGAUCAUACCGCUAAAUUAUUUGACUUAAAAACUGGUACUGAAAUACACACAUACAAUGGUCACACCGCGGAGGUGGUCGCUCUGCAGUUUGAUCCCAAUGAAGGACGCCGUUUGAUUACUGGAUCCUUUGAUGGUACCAUCGCUCUGUGGGACGUUAGAGCUAAAGAUCGGGUGUCAGUAUUCCAAGGUCACGACGGAGAGAUCUCGAACGUUCAGUUCAACUGGGACUCGUCGCUGGUGGGGUCCUCGUCGCUCGACGGCAGCGCCAAGCUCUGGGACGCGAGGAGUAACUCUUGUCUCGCCACGGUCGCCGGCCACACGGAUGAGGUCCUAGAUAUUUGCUUUGACUGGGCCGGUCAGCGAAUGGCGACAUCGUCCAGCGACUGUUCGGCGAGGAUCUAUGACGUCAAGUCUGAUUUCAAGGAACUAGCCAUUAUGAAGGGGCACAGAGAAGAAGUCUCUAAGGUAUGCUUCAGUCCAGCCGGUGGAUGUCUCCUGACCGCUUCAGCUGACCGAAGCGCUCGUAUCUGGAAUACAACUACCGGCAACUGUAUUCAGGUUCUGUCUGGUCAUCAAGGGGAGAUCUUCUCUUGUGCUUUCUCGUACGCAGGAGACGCCAUUGUCACCGCUUCUAAAGACAACACCUGCAGGAUAUGGAGAUGAUUGGACUGGUGGCUGUAAGAUCGACAGUUGAAGAUCCUACA